AAAAUCUCAGUGAAAAUGUCGUCUUUCUCUGACCCAUUGGUCCUUCAUUUAGAUGCUAACGUUAGUUUGUAUUUUCUUCCUGCUGCUGUCAAUGCAGUUGCUGCGAUGGAGAAAAUCAAAGUGGCUCUUCGUUUGACUGGCUGGGGAGGAGAUCCAUGCCUUCCCGUUCCACACUCCUGGGUAUCAUGCAGCCCCGCAACGAAGUCAUCAGCUGCCAGAGUAAUUUCAGUGAGAUUGUCAGGAUACAACCUCACUGGCAUCAUACCUGCGGAUUUUGCAAACUUAACUGCCCUUCAAACCUUGUUAGUCUCAUGGUUGGAUAAUAACAAGCUAGAUGGCAUCAUUCCAAAUCUUCAGACAUUGCAACAACUGAAGUCAUUGCACCUGAACGACAAUGCUUUAAUUGGCUCCAUUCCUAAUUCCUUAAGCUUCAUUCCAACACUGGAAGAGUUAUUUCUUCAGAAUAAAAACUUCAACGGGACAGUCCCCGACGCCUUGAAGAACAAGCCUUGGCUGAAGUUGAACAUAAACGGAAACCCUGCAUGUGGGCCUACUUGCUCGACACCAUUCACGAAUUCUGAUUCAGGAUCUAAGCCCAAUGUGGGUCUCAUUGUUGGAGUAGUUGUAGCGAGUUUCAUUCUCGCUGUAGCGGGUGUUUCGAACUUCGAAGUUCCGAAUUUGAGUGGUACAAACGCACAAGGGGCAAAGCCAUUUUCGCACCCAGAGAUAAAAGCAGCCACGUCGAAUUUCAGCAAGCAGAUUGGAUCGGGAGGAUUCGGUCCAGUGUACUACGGCAAGCUUGCCAAUGGAAGAGAAGUUGCUGUCAAGGUAUCUGACGUGAAUUCUCAUCAAGGAGCUGCUGAAUUCAACAAUGAGGUGCAACUCUUAUCUAGAGUACACCACAAAAACCUUGUUUCUUUACUUGGAUAUUGUCAAGAAGACGGACAACAAAUGCUGGUGUAUGAGUAUUUGCACAAGGGCACCGUCCGUGAGCAUCUCUGGGGUAAGCCUUUCAUUGAGCAGCCCCAGGUGAAACUUCUUGUUGCCUACUCUGAAUGCGCUGUAUUAUGGCGCACCUGGUCAUGGCUCGAUGCAGAGCGUCCACUGGCUAAGGAGCCAUUGGAUUGGAAACAACGCCUGGACGUCUCUCUGAAUGCUGCUCAAGGUCUGGAAUACUUACACACAGGAUGCAGCCCUAACAUUAUCCAUCGCGACAUCAAGAGUAACAAUAUUCUACUCACUGAUAAAUACGUUGCCAAAGUGGCAGACUUCGGUGUCUUAAGGUUAGGACCGGAAGAAUCAUCUGGAGCCACUCACGUCUCGACUGUGGUGAAAGGGACCAUCGGCUACUUGGAUCCAGAGUUCUUGUCCACAAACCAGCUGUCAGUGAAGAGUGACGUGUUCACCUUUGGAGUUGUGCUGCUGGAGGUCCUCUGCGGCCGUCAGCCAAUCAACAACGGUCUACUAGACAAGAGCCAGUCCGACAUCGUCGAAUGGGUGAGAAAUUUGAUGUUAGCUGGCGACAUAGAAAGCAUCCUAGACCCCACCAUCAGAGAUUGCCACCCCAACAUGGACAGUGUGUGGAAAGUGGCGGAAUUGGCUAUCCAGUGCGUAGAGCCCCUGGGCAUCCACCGACCAUUCAUGAGGGACGUGGUGAAGCAGCUUCAUGAAGCCAUCGUAUUGGAGGACGGCCAUUUAGGAACUUUCUCGGAGAUGGACCGGUCCAACAACACUCGGACGAGCAUUGCCUCGGCAGAGUAUAACCGAGGAAACUCGGACGAGCAUUACUCCGGCAACGACCCUUAAACUUCGAACAGCACAACAUGGGUCCUCAUGUCCGGUAGCUUUAACCAUUGGUACCCCAGAUGCGUCAAUACCUAUGCGUGUGAAAAAGUUUCUUCUGUUACGUUACUGUAGAGCGUGUGAGGGUGAUGCUGGUUGGGUGCUUUGGAAUCUGUGAUGUUUUUUUGGCUUCUUCCUUUAGAUAGAUCCAGAUUCUCUUGCUCUUGUGACAAUUAUCAUUGUUUUGGUUAACAAUAUUGUACACUUCUUGGUUGACAAUGCCUUCGACUUAACACUGCAAAUUGUUAGAGUUGUUUUAAAAUUGAACCUAGAGAGCUACCUCAAAUGGGAUGAUUUUGAGUCCAAAGGGGAAGUAGCGUCUUAUUUUUUAUGAUUCCAAAUAAUUCAAGCAUUUGGUACAA